AUGAAGAUUUUGGAAGGGGAUUCUGCUGAAUGUGUGUCUGAUUGUGGCAUAUCACUCAGAAGAAGUAAUCGACUUGUUGCCAAAAAUGAUCGUUUAUCGGUAAGAAAAGAGCAGAAACGGAAAGAUAGGCGUGUAGCCGUAAGAGAAGAACGGAAACAAAGAGAUAUUUUGUUAACAACCGAGGAAGAUCUGUUUGCGAAUCUACCGGAAGAGAUGACGAUAGAGAUCUUAGGAAGACUCCCCAUUAGGAGUGUUAUGACGUGCAAGUGUGUUCUUAAAUCAUGGCGCCAUCUGAUUGAGGGGGAUGAGUUUGGGAUGUUGUAUACUCCCAAACCAGGCCUGACUUUCAUUCAUCGGGACAUGAAAAUGAGGUACACUGUCCGCGAUGAGGCAUUAAAGCCACUUUUCCGAUUUGGUUUGCCUUAUAAAGUUUGCCGGCCUGUUCAAAUUGUUUCAGCUAAUGGUUUGCUUUCGGUGUGGGAAACAUACCUUACAACUAUAUUUAUAUGCAAUCCAAUGACUCGUGAGUAUGUCGAGCUCCCUCCACUAUCUAAGGACACGAAUACUCGCUUUUUGGGUGGAUUUGGAGUGAGCAAAACAAGUGGCCAGUAUAUGAUUUUGUUUGUUAAUGACCGUAGUUGUCAUGUAUACACUCUAGGAAGAGGUGCAGGGUUGUGGAGAAGCAUCGUAGCACCGGCACCAGUACCAACACCAGGCAUUGGUUCCCGGUAUAGUGGUUAUGCUGCAUUUUUGAAUGGAAAUCUUCACUACUGGUUGGCAUUUGAUUCGCAAGAAAAUUUCUUUAUUUGUUGCUUUGAUUUGGAAACUGAGCUCUCUACCGGUUUAUCAGUUCCUAGUGAUUAUAGUGGCAAUAGACAUGGCAAAAGGGGGGUUUUUAUUUUGGACGGUCAUCUAUGUUUAUAUUGUAUUUUAGAUUUGCGUACUGUCGUUAUUUGGAAGAUGAACAUCUACGGGGAUGAUAAUUCUUGGAUUAAGGAAUAUAGCUUCAACUUACCCAUAAAAUAUUCAAGCGUGUACCUGCUCAAAGUCUUGGCAAAUGGUGACUUGUUGGCAGCAUCUCCGGAUCGACAAUAUUUCAUCAACCCCAAAAAGAAUGGAGCUCUUUCGAAUGAGACAUAUUAUCAUUCUGAACGUCGUUAUUCUUCCAACAUUGAUGUUUAUACCCCAAGCUUAAUUUCGCUCGCGACCAUGGGGUUUCAUAAUGUCCAGUCGCUAAGUUUUAAUUAG